AAUACAAACACUCACUCACGUGCGAUCACACAAUCUCCAUUCUGUAUGGACUGGCAUACCGCCCGAGAGGUGGAGAGAAUAGGGGCGGGCUUGAACUACGUAUCAACAGCCGCGAGUCUGAAUCGAAUUUAAUCAACCUUAUUUUUAUGCCCGUGGUAAGUUGUAGAAGCGACUUCCUGAACUUCUGACCGGUCGCCAGCGUCAGAAGUAUUUAAUUUGGCUCCCGGCCUCUCCUCCUCGGCGUGGGUUUGAACACAUAUAAACUGAACGGCUCAAGUGUUCGGCUGCUGAAUGUAGGCCAAAGGGCAUGAACAAAAGAACAGUGACUGAUGACAUGGAGAUGCAGCAUGAUCCAGAUGUGCAGUUUAAACUAGCUUAUCCAGACUCCGGAGGAAUCGACCCAGUUCCCAAAACAAGAGUGAGGGGCCAGUGGUCCAGUAAAGUACAGUUUAUCUUGGCUGUUGCAGGACAGAUCAUAGGUUUAGGAAAUGUGUGGAGGUUUCCAUAUCUGUGUUACAAGAAUGGAGGAGGAGUGUUUUUCAUUCCAUAUGUGGUCUUUCUGUUUGCUUGUGGCAUUCCACUCUUUCUCUUGGAAACUGCUCUGGGUCAGUACACCAGCCAAGGGUCUAUCACCUGCUGGAGGAAGAUCUGCCCACUAUUUGAAGGCCUGGGUUAUGGGAGUCAGGUGGUCAUCUUAUAUUCCAGUAUCUACUACAUCAUCAUUCUGGCCUGGGCUUUCUUCUAUCUCUUCUCUUCUUUCAGUGGUGAAUUACCAUGGGCUAGCUGCAGGAAUUGGUGGAAUUCAGAUACCUGUGUUGAGUUUGACCGAAUGGAAGGGAUAAGAAACAUGAGCUUAAUGGUGAAUGCAUCAUCACCUGUCAAAGAAUUCUGGGAGAGGCGAGUAUUGAAUAUCACUGGCAGUGUGAAUGAGCUGGGAAGUUUGAGGUGGGAGCUGGCUCUCUGUCUCCUGUUGUCCUGGACCAUUUGCUACUUCUGUGUGUGGAAGGGAAUAAAGUCAACAGGCAAGGUUGUAUAUUUCACUGCUACCUUUCCAUAUGUAAUGCUGCUGGUGCUUUUGAUUCGGGGUCUCACAUUGCCUGGAGCCAUUAAUGGCAUUAACUUCUACCUCUACCCUAAUCCUUCACGCCUCGCAGAUCCACAGGUGUGGAUGGAUGCAGGAACACAAAUUUUCUAUUCCUACGCUCUUUGCAUUGGGUGCCUCACAGCUUUGGGAAGCUAUAAUAAGUACAACAACAACUGCUACAAAGAUUGUGUUUAUCUGUGUCUGCUGAACAGUGGAACCAGCUUUGUGGCUGGCUUUGCCAUCUUUUCUGUGUUGGGCUUCAUGGCUUUUGAGCAGGGAGUCGAUAUUUCAGUGGUUGCAGAGUCAGGUCCUGGUUUGGCAUUCAUUGCAUAUCCAAGAGCAGUAGCCAUGAUGCCAAUGCCUCAGCUAUGGUCUAUAUGUUUCUUCAUAAUGAUCAUUUUACUGGGGCUGGACAGUGAGUUUGUGGGUUUGGAAGCUCUCAUGACAGCUAUAACAGACAUGAACCCCACCUUUUUCCUCCAAGGACACCGUCGAAAACUCUUCCUACUCCUCAUCUGUGUGGGCAGCUUCCUCAUCGGCCUACUGAUGGUGACAGAGGGUGGCAUGUAUAUCUUUCAGUUAUUUGAUUACUAUUCCUGCAGUGGAAUGACUCUCCUGCUAUUUGCCAUUGCACAGUCAAUAUGUAUUGGCUGGUUUUAUGGUGCUGACCGUCUAUAUGAAAAUGUUGUAGACAUGAUUGGUUAUCAUCCUUUGCCGCUAAUGAAAUACUGUUGGAAAUACAUCACCCCUAUUGUGUGCACAGCCACAUUUAUCUUCUCUUUGGUCAAAAUUACUCCAAUAAAGUUUAACAACACACUUGAAUACCCCUGGUGGGGCUAUGCUGUUGGAUUGUGGUUCACUCUUUCUUCAACAUUGCUGGUUCCCAUAUGGAUGAUCUACAUCCUCCUCAUCACCCCUGGUACACUAAAACAGAGAUUGCGUAUCCUCUGCACUCCAUCAAAUGACUUGCCUUUGACAUCAGCAAGACAAAAAUAGACCCUGUGACCACAUUAUGAAGUACAACAUGUCCUGUCACUGCUUGAGAAGCAUUUGAAAAACACAUCCUUCAGCUGUAAUUGGGGCAAUUGUAGAUAUUGUUAAUGCCUCUGAAGAUAAACAUUCAUGUGAGAUUUCAAGAAGGCAACAUGGACUGUAGAAAAAUAUAUACAGUAUGUUUUUAAGUGUUUCUGUCUCAGUUAUCAGGCAUCUAAACUUGGGUUGCCAUAAACUGAAAACGAGUUCCCAUGCCUAGUGCAUUCAUUUAUGAUCGAGAAGCUGUAUUUUUAACCGUCCGCUCAUACACAUACCAAGAAAAAUUUAAGCACAACUUCCAUGUAUUAGAACUGUAUUUUAGGGAAAAUCUGUCAUCUUCAAUGUCAUCCUUUAAUGUGACCGACAGGUUACAUUUUGGAUUAUCCAGUGUUCAUUACAGUUGGCAUAUGAUUAAUGUGUUAUUUACAGUUAGAGAGACUUCAAACUGCUUGUAAUGGUUUAACCAGAGUGCCUCGCUGUCCCUUGUGACAGAAUUGCAAGACUUGUUUGGUUCAUUAAAUGAACGGUCCAAAACUUUAACCAAGAACAUAAUAGUAUUUUAGAAUUUUUUUAAUAUUUAAGAAUACGAUUGUUUUUGUGAAUUAAUCAUGAUCCCCUGUCCUGUACUGUGCAGAUGGGUGAUGCAUGUGUUUGAAAUUAUAUUGGGGAUUACUAUUUUACAAUACUGUAUGUUAAAUGUUUGCUCAUCAAUUUCAUAAGAAUCAUUUUAUUACUUAAAUCUACUCUCAAUGAACAGUCUGUCUUUUUGUAAAAUGCACAUUUUUAGGGAAUAUCUGUAGGCAUUUAAGCUUAGAUGAACAUAUUUGCUUACAAUGAACUGAUGCACUAAAAAGGCCAGUGUUUGAUAAUGUGCCAUAAGAUUUUAAUAAAUGUUAUUUUUGAAUCAACAAUUAAAAUGACUGAAAAUGAUUGCUCUGUGCCUACAGAUAAUUUGGUAAGAUCAACAGGACCUUGAUGAGCAUAAUUAGCUUUUACAGUUUUAUUCUUUCGCUCUGUUAAGACUUUUGGUGGCAUUUGUUAACGAAAUUAAGCCGCACUUUGAAAAAAGGAAAGCACAUAGCUAGGAAAACACUUGUUAGUUGUUUUAAUUGAUAGUCGUAAUUUUUUACUGUGUGUGUAAUAUAUAUAUAUAUAUUACACACAUGCGCGCGCACAACAAUUAGUUGCGGUCCUCGAAUCUGAUUGAACGAGAGACAUUCCUUGAGUUCUUUCAAUGCUUCAUUUGAAUCACUCCGCUUUUAUUCGCAGCAUUCUAAACUACUGUGUAAGAGCAGCGCAGAUGUGUCUUUUCCUUUUCCCCUGUGACAUAAAAGAUUUUGGCCAGCAGGGGGAGACAAAAGACCAUUAUUGAGUGUUAUGAGCGAGUUAAACUGACGUUAAUUUCAGCCAGCAAUGCUAGUUAGCGAGCGGUUUCUUUUAAGUCAUCAGCAAUUGCCUCUCUCACUCCAUGAUCGUUCGGAUUACUACUAGACUAUAACUGGGAAAUACAGCUUCAGCAUUAAGGCUGAAGAGAGACACAACAGACGAAGUAGGCUAAUAACUCAUACUCAAGGUGCUUACCUACAGGAGUUUCUGCAUUGGGAGCACAAUUCAGAUGUAAACAACAUUCAACAUGACGGAGAAGAGACACCCGGCUACCACGAAAUACUCAGGGAAGACACUGCACGGACAGCUAUUUUUUACACAGAGAAAAUUUUGUUCAGCAAGCUUACUAACACUAAAGAUGAGGAAUAGAGUUAAACAAAUAUAGCUUUACUGUUCAUCUCUGCUUGGAAGUCAACCCUCCCGUUUUUUCCGUGUUUCUCACGUAUUUUAGCUCUUUUCCCUCUGUCUUCCCGUUUUAGUAUUUUCCCGUAAAAUAUCCCGUAUUUUUACGCUCUGAUUGUGUUAACUCAGAACCAGAACACGCAACUAUCUGUGUCUGUGAAGUGGCUUGCACUUGGGUUGCUAGACCUCCAGUAAAGCAGGUGGCAGUAUACAGACAGUAGCUUAAGCUAGCUUAAGCUACUGGCGAAGAAGAAGACAGUUGCAGCAGCGCGGCGGGAGGAAGAGGGAAAAAGUAGCGGGAAGUCUGAACGUCAAGGAGAGUAGAGUAACGUUAGAUGAGUGUGAUGAUGUAUCAGGACGCUGACGGCCAAAAUCACCGUGACCUAAUUAACCACCAACCAAAACUGUGGACAUUAAGCAGAUAUUUAAGUAAGUGGGAGACCACCUUCCACUACCUGACAAGUAGCCAUGUAGGUCCAAAUUAUGCCCACUGCAAAAUUUGCCCACUGUAAUUUCAGUGUUGGUCAUGGAGGGAAAAACGACGUUUCGCAGCACGACAAGUCACAGAAACACAAGCGCGCGAGUGAGUCAGCUAGGCACACAACAUCAUUAUCAUCAUUUGUGGUGAACCGUGCCUCGUCUGAAGCUGACCAAAUUUUGAAAGCUGAGGUGAAAAUGUCUAUGCUAAUUGCCAAAAAUAAUGUCGCGUUCAGUUUUUUGGACGACUUCAACCGUAGUGUGGCUGACAUGUUCCCGGAUUCAGCGAUUGCCAAGAAGUACACUCCGGGGAAAACGAAGGCUACACAAAUCAUUAAAGGUAAGACUAUAUGGAGUUACUAAGCCAACAUUAAGCUAAAACACAUUGUAGCAAAUUAAAAUGUGUAAGUAGUGUUUACUUCGUUCAUAAAUAAAGUACUUUAAACAUAUCCAUUGGUCUGUCAUUCUUUAAUAUAUAUUGUGUAGUUUUAAACUCUUUAGACUGUUAAUGAUUAGUCCUUUCUUUUAAAAAGUUUGUGGGUAAGAAAGGCUGAAAAAAAAUCCCUUAUUUUGGGGAUGGAUUCCGGGAAAUCUCCCUUAUUUUCAAUGUUCAAUGUUGACAGCUAUGAAGGCGGGACAGACGCAGGUAAUCACUCAAUAGCUCUUUCUCUCUCUCUCUUAACACACACACACAUCCUUGUUUCUACAAUAACUUGUUUGAAACAGCCAAAGCUGCCAUUACUGAUUCUAAAGUUACAUUUUCGAAUUGGUAAUGGAGGAUUGGGCGCAUCGUUUGAACUAGCAACAGCAGAACCUGAUCCGUGGCAAGAAAGUAGUUCCAUGCACAAAUGUGUUUCUAGGAUACGUAUACGGUUGAUUGUUUUGUUAUUCUACAUUAUUGUAUGGUAAUUAUAUGUUUUCAAUGCUAAAAAGAAAAUUAGUCUUCAACCAGUUCAUCCACGUAAAUAUGCUUGAUAGCAUGAUAGUUUUGCUGGUGGGUUGCAACUGUUUGUCAUCCUCGAGAAAAGUAUGAAAUAAGGGUUGUGGUGCUGCAUUUAGGUGAACAUUAUAACUUGGCAUAAUUCUUUUGUGCUAUCAGGUUUUUAUCUUGUUACAUUUCUACAAUGACCUAUUUCUUCACUAUAUUCCAUGUUUAAGUGUGCCAGUUCUAUUAUGACUUGCCUCUUCUAUAAACACAUUCAGACUGUAAACAAAUUCUUUGAUACUGAUUUAAGAAUAUCUCACAUCUGAAGGUCUAAAGUCAUUCACAAUGACUGCAAAAGACACAAAAAAAAAAAAAGACUACCACCCCUGGAAUGGCAAUUUCGAAUCCCAGGGCAUGUUGAGUGACUCCAGCCAGGUCUCCAUAGCAGCCAAAUCACCCGGUUGCUAGGGAGGGUAGCAUCACAUGAGGUAACCCCGUCGUAGUCGUGAUUAGUGGUUCUCGCUCUCAGUGGUGCACGUGGUCAUUUGUGCCUGGAUCGCAGAGAGUAGUAUGAGCCUCCACAUGCUGUGGCUCUCCGCGGUGUCAUGCACAGCAAGCCACAUGAUAAGAUGCGCGGAUUGAUUGUCUCAGAAGCGGAGGCAACUGAGACUUGUCCUCUGCCAACCGGAUUGAGGUGAGUAACCGCACCACUACAAGGACCUA